AUGGAGGCGUUUGUGGGCGAGCUGAAAACUCUGGACAGGAUUCUGUACAAGAGCAAAAACGCGCACAGAAGCACUCUGUACUACAGAAAGGCAGUGCACGUGCAGAGGGCGCUUCGCAAGUAUGUGUCUGAAAGUGCAGCGUCGAAAAAAAAGAAGAUUCUGCUGGACGAUGCGCAGGAAAGAUGCAAAGAAGCGUAUAUUUUGAUGAGCAGCAGCAUUCCGCUCGGGCACAACAUAGGGCUUGCCAUAGGGCUGAUGGCGACAGUGGCGCGUCUUUUCAGCCUUUCCAAGGCGCUUACGGGCAGGUCUGCGGAGGGCCUUGCUUCGUACGUUGUGGAGUGUCCGGACGAAAGCACAGAAAGGGACGAAAUAAGCGACAUUUUCAAAUAG